UAUAAAUCUUAACUCUUCAUUCAUUUCACUUUUUCUCUCUAUAUAAACAAAAUUUUGUACAAAAUAAAUAUACAUCCAAAAUAUGGCCAAAAUACCAAUCAAAUUCAAUAGGGUAGCAGCAGCCUUCGACGAGGCCGCCAAGUGGCAUCGGCCGUGUGAUAGUAGUAGCGGGAGUGAGUAUUGGCCGGAGAGUGGGGCCGAUCUCUCGGAUCUCGUAAACUCGUUUAUCGAGAAAGGUGAUCAUGGAAUGGAUCAUAACUUUAAAAUCGAUAUCGAUGAGGUUGAUAUAAAUGAGGAUAUUGGUAACGAGUCUUGCGAUGCAAACUGGGUAUCUGACAAUGAUGAAGAUGAUACACAAAGGAAGGAGAUGUUACAAAGUUUGUUGUUAGAGUGUACAAGUAGUAGUAAAAAAAAGAGUACAAGACAAAAGAUUUGGAAUGAAAUUGAUGUUGCAUUGAAAUUAUUUGGUGGUUUCAAUGGUAACGUUAAUGAUGUUUCGAGAAGUAGCUUUAAACGUAGUUUAAUGGCUCAUCUUCGUGACAAAGGAUUUGAUGCUGGGCUUUGCAAGUCCCGGUGGGAGAAAACCGGCCGAUUCCCGGCUGGUACCUACGAGUACAUAGACGUGAACGUAGGAAAAAGUCGAUACAUAGUCGAGGUAUUCAUGGCAGGAGAAUUUGAGAUAGCGCGACCUACAAGUCGUUACACCUCCCUAGUAGAAAUGAUCCCUUCAAUAUUGAUCAUAAAAAAUACUCAAGUGCUUAAACAAAUAACAAGGCUUAUGAGUAAUGCAAUGAGGGAGUCAUUAAAGCAAGCAAAUAUGUUAGUUGCACCUUGGAGGCGCAAUGGCUACUUGCAAGCUAAGUACUUUAGCCCUUACAAGAGAACGACUAAUCGUGAUUCGAGUCUCAAGAAUGUCGUCGAGAGGGAUGAAGAGGUACUUGCCAAGAAGAGAUCUUCGAUUGGUUUCGAAGCUGAUCAAUUCCCUAGGGUUUCUUAUUAUUGCAGGGAUGUUGAUUUUGGUAACAAGGUUCAUGGAAUUAGAGUUGGACUAUUGGCUUCUGUUCUUCAAGGGAAAUGAUAGUACGGAGUAAUACUUAAGAUUGAUCAAGGUUGUAUGUAAAUUUAGUGAUUUCAAAAUUUUGAUUAGUGAUCAAUUUUUCGGAAAUUAGGUCAAUUCGUUGCAACUACAUUUAGUUGUAUAUUUUAUAUGUCCUAGAAUUGAAAUAGUUUUAUCGUUAUUUGUAAUAUAUUGUAUAAUAUCAAUGAAA